GUGAGUCUAUGCGACUUUUGUACUUGUAUUUCAUAAAACUAGACCAGAAAGGGAUUUCCUCGCAGACCGGAUUGGUAAUGUUUCCUGGUCGCACAUCUAGAAUGAUUUCAAAAUUUAAGGUACUUGUUUUCCUGAUGUGUUUCACUUGCAUUGGUGUGUAUUUCAAAACGGGCUACCAUUUGACUCAUUAUGCUGUGGACCAAAAGCUGUGUGCUUGCAUAAAAUGUUUAUCAGAGGAUAAGCAGUUGCUUCUGGAUCGAUCGAAUAGAAGUGUUCAACCAUUUUUGACUGCAAACUUAAACCUCUCACAGAAUGAAUUCAACUGGUGGAAGGAUUUGCAGGCUGAAAGCCGUAGCUUCAGAGUUUAUGAAACAACGGUGGCCAACUUGUUUCAGAUCUUCCCACAGAAUCCAGAUGUUAUACAACCCAAAUAUGACCACUGCAGGACUUGUGCUGUGGUGGGUAAUUCUGGUAAUUUAAGGAGAUCGCAUUAUGGACCGCUGAUAGAUUUACAUGAAGUUGUCAUAAGAAUGAACACUGGUAUUACCAGAGGCUUUGAAAAAGACGUUGGAAACAAGACAACUCAUCGUGUCAUGUAUCCAGAGAGUGCUGUGGAUUUGGAUGACAACACCCAUUUUGUACUGUUUCCCUUUAAGAUACAGGACUUUGAGUGGCUCAUUAAUGCCUCUACAACAGGGUUUACUGGAAGGUCAUAUAUGCCAGUGAAAUCAAAGAUCAAAACUAACAAGGAUUUGGUCAUGGUGGUAAAUCCAGCUUUCAUGAAAUAUGUACAUGAGGUUUGGCUUGGAAAUAAGGGACGUUAUCCAUCCACUGGCUUUAUGGCUUUGAUUCUUGCACUUCACAUUUGUGAUGAGGUAAGUACAAAGUUUUAAGUUUCUGA